ACCCAUGAUGCUUUACGGCCCUGCCAGUGUGCAGGCCUGCUUCCUGAGUUUCGGGUGGUGGUGUUGGUGGAUUCAAGAAGUAGUUUAUUAUUAAAGAAAUUUGUCACCGCUUGCUUCGUUUUGUUUAUUUGAAGACAGUAUGCCCCCCAAGAAACCAGCAUCGGCAGCUCCCAGUAAAAAAGCCGACCAAAAGAAAAAGGAGAAGAUAAUCGAGGACAAGACUUUCGGCCUGAAGAACAAGAAAGGAGCAAAGCAACAGAAGUUCAUAAAAACGGUGACUCAUCAAGUAAAGUAUGGCCAGCAAAAUUCCCGACAGGUUGCAACAUCAGAGGUGGUGGACAAGACCAAGAAAACGGACAAGAAGAAGGAUGUAGCUGAAUUAAAUGAACUUUUUAAACCAGUUGUUGCUUCUCAAAAAAUUAGUAAAGGUGCUGACCCCAAGUCUGUCGUUUGUGCCUUUUUUAAACAAGGGCAGUGCACUAAAGGAGAUAAGUGCAAAUUUUCACAUGAUUUAUCACUCGAAAGAAAAGGUGAAAAGAGGAGUGUUUAUGUUGAUGGAAGAGAUGAAGAUUUGGAAAAAGAUACAAUGGAUAAGUGGGAUGAAAAGAAAUUGGAAGAAGUAGUAAAUAAGAAGCAUGGAGAGGCAGAAAAGAAGAAGGCAAAAACUCAAAUUGUCUGCAAGUAUUUCCUUGACGCAAUCGAAAAUAGCAAAUAUGGUUGGUUUUGGGUAUGUCCUGGAGGAGGAGACAAUUGUAUGUACCGCCAUGCCCUCCCUCCUGGGUUUGUGCUGAAGAAGGACAAAAAGAAAGAAGAAAAAGAAGAAGAAGAAAUAUCACUGGAAGAACUCAUUGAGCAUGAGCGAUCUGCUUUGGGACCCAAUGUUACCAGAAUUACACUUGAAACGUUUUUGGCCUGGAAAAAGAGAAAACGACAAGAAAAAAUUAAUAAAGCAGAAAUGGAAAUGGAGAAGAGAAAAGCAGACUUCAACGCAGGACGAUCAUUAGGGGUUAGUGGUCGUGAAGUGUUUGAAUUCCGACCUGAACUGGUGGAUGAUGACGAUGAAGAAGCAGAUGACUCUAAAUAUAUUCAGAACUAUGACGAUGAUGAGGAAGAAGAAACAGAAGAGGUAAAUGACAUUGACCUUGCAAGGUUUGUUCCAAAGGAAGUAGAUGAUUCAGGCAUUACUGUUGCUGCAAUGGAUAGAUUUUCAGCGUUAACUGCAAAGUCAACAAAUCAGAUAGAUGAUAACAAGCUCAGCGAAGCUUCGGGGGGAGGAGAAGAAAACGGGGAGCAGGACGAGUCUGAAGAGGAUAAUCAGCCAGAUGGAGAAUCUGAAGACGUACCUGUGGAUGAAAAUCUAUUCACUGGCGAAGAUCUAGAUGAACUUGAAGAAGAAUUAAACACAUUGGAUCUGGACGAAUAGGAAUAUCACCCGUUAGCAGUGCUUCAUGGACAUCAAAAUGGCUGCCGUUAGUGACAGUGUUUCAUGUAAAAUAUCUUUCUGCUGGACCCUAGCAGCACUCUGAGUUGGGACCAUCAUGGCCAAAACACAUGGACUGCAAGUGCACCUCAUAUGGUGCGUUUGGAGGGAAAACAAAAAAUGCGUACAGUUUUUGAGUGAAUGUAUUGCGCUGGUUUUUUUUUUGUUUUUUUUUUUUUUGUUCAAACAAUGUCCAUCAGUUAAACAAAAAAGAAAAAGAUGAGGAAUAUGUAAUGCUGUGUUUGGCUCGACUUAGCAGGACAGUGUCGUCUCCCAGGUUAUCUUGACGAUUUCUUUAGAGGUCACAGAAGGGCAUAAUUAAACAGUGCACAUUCACGACUCCGAAUAUUUAAGUGUCACAACAACUUUCUCUCCACUUCCAAAUUUCAUUGUAUUACCAAAUAUGAGCUUAAACUUGAAAAAGGGACAAGAACAUUUGGACCCCUUCUGCCCCAGUCUCUGACUCACAACGGUGUUUAUCCAAUGCUGUGUUUAUCCAAGGAGUUUCCCAGCAGGCAAGGUUGACCCGCGUUUAUUUUGACUAUUUGUGGACUGAGACUGUUUCAUUUAUACUUGGGGGGG